AUGCUCAAGAUGGUGAAGCAGUCUGCCAUCAUGGCCAAAGUCCCAGUGAAGAAUGAGCUUGAUGAAUUGAGGCUGAACUUCUUCAUGAACACCAGCACCUCUGACAAGUUUUGUAUCCUGGAGACCUCAUCAUCAUUCGCCCAGGCACCUGUGGACUGGCCACUCCUGAUGUUGGACCUUAGCUCUAUCAAGGAGAUGGUGCCCAUGGGAACCAGCAUGUCAGCAGGACGACACUUGCUGCAGCUGCUGUGGUGCCUCCUGUGCUUGGUGCCUGAGAUGACAGUCCAGGUAUGA